AUGCCGGCCGACAGGCGAACCACCUUUGCUGCUGCGAAGCCCGUCAAGACGGAGCGCACCCACGAGGAGAACCAGGAGCGUGACCGCAGUCUCGAGGCCCGCAUUGAGUCUGCCCGUCGCGCUUCUGAGAUUCACAAGAAGCGCACCGGGCGUGCCUUGCGCGUUACUGAACAAGAUGUCGUCAACGAGGAGAUGUACGAGGAGGAAGAUGAUGACCUGCCCACUCAGUAUCAAAGACUCAAUGCUCACCUCCAGACUUCGUCUUGGCUGUUUAAUCGCAAACUCCAUGACUAUAUAGCCACUCAGCAUGGCGUCAGAAACAUGUUUCUCAACCAGCAAUUUCCUGGCCAUCAGCUGCAGCCCUAUGGCUCUCAGUUCCAGCCCAAUACCGGCCAGAUGCCCAUGAUGGGUGGGACCAUGCUCCCGCCCCAGGCCUUCAGUCCGGCUACUCCAGACUUCAACCAGUCUCAGCAGCCUUUCAACUCUCAGGGGUUUCAGCACCAGCAACAGGGCUAUCGUCAUACCCCUUACAACAUUCCCCAAAGAACAUUGCAUCAGCGCUCUGCUUCCAUCGCUACGCCCCAUGUGAUGACUGACUUUGCGCCCGUCAACCAGUCUGGCCCCCAAGCCACCACCCCGAGGGGAGAGCUCAACAGAAGGCUGUCUCUUCCACAGCAUGCCCUGGAAAACCCCGCGCAACAGACUUCUGAUGGCCAAGUUAGGCCAACACUAUCGAGGAUCUCCACGGCCCAAAGCAUCCAGCGACAGUCGGCGUCGCCUCAGCGCGUGCCUGCCAGCACUUCUUCGAACGCAUCGUCAGGCCAUGCUACCCCACACCUCAAGUCAGAGCAUACCUCUCCAACUUCGUUCAAUUUCGGCUCGUUGCCGUUCGGGUCUUCUCAGGUCCUCAACAUGAACCCUUUGUCCAUGUCGCUGCCGCCUGAGUCGCAGCAGCUUGUUGGCUCUGCUCUCGAUCCAAGCGACCCUCGCACAUCACUAUUCAUGUCUGGCAGCGAGAAUCUGCCGCAGCCAUUCGCUGGCACCUAUACUUAUAAUCCUAAUUUAUCGCCCAAGUCAUCUCGACCCGCAAUGUCUCAAACUCUCGCCCCGGAACAAUCCCUAAAGCUAGACACUUUAGGCGACAGUACGUCAACCACGCCACCAUCGGCUAUGUCCGACCAUCUCUAUACACCGCAACCGCUUUUCACACCCUCUGCAUUCGAAUACUCCAAUUUCUUCGAUCAGUACCCAGCUCAAGACGGCAGCCGCAGUGCCAACGAUAGCCUUCUUGGCGACUCAUACGAAGACAACUCUUUUGUGAACUGGGAUCAGUGA